AUGCCGCCGCGAUACGUCACUGUGCUGCUGGCACGUCGCGGUGGGAGAUUAGCCUCCUUGCGGUCUCGCCGUGAUUUCCGUUCAUCCCGUCGUACCACCGGUGAGACGGCGAUGGACUGGUUAACUCAAGGUGCAGGAUUGACUCUGGGAUGUUACUUAGCUAAUCUUUAUUUUGGAGAUCGUGUAUGGGAAAUUGAGGAGGAGCGACAAAGGUUUAUGAGGGAGUACGUUGAGGAGUACUUCGGGGAGCCCGAUAUGGAAAUUGAAGAUCUAAGGGAGAACAUGUGGGCGGAUGUUAAGGGAACAAAGAUAUGUUCUGAUUCUAAUAGAGUCAAGACGUGGUCAGAGAAGAUAUGGUCUUUUCUCAAGGGAGAGUAG